UGUAUCUUGGAAGCCCUGGGUUAGGAGAGGGGGAGGAGGAGCGGAGAAUGAGCUAUUCUUGUACCAGCAGAGGCAAGAGCCAGGACCCACCAAGCGCUAAGAAGCCUGCCGCGAAUAAUCCGGGCAGAGACACCGGAGGCGCAGACAGCAGCAGUGACGGCAGCCCGAAGCAGACGGCGGCGAUGAAAGUGAAGAAAGGCUGCAACUCGACCGACGUGGGAGUCCCGGUGACCACGGAGGAGGACCUGCUGGCCAACGCGGUGAUCACUCCGGAGGAUGUUCUGGGCUUGCAGAAGAUCACAGAGAGUUAUCUGUGCAGCCCGGACGAGAACAUUUACAACAUUGACUUCACCAGGUUCAAGAUCAGAGACAUGGAGACGGGCACAGUGCUGUUUGAAAUCACCAAACCUCCAUCCACAGACAAAGCAGGGGAGAAGAGGGACAUAGACCCAAACGCCGGCCGAUUCGUCCGUUACCAGUUCACCCCCGCUUUUCUCCGACUGCGGCAAGUUGGAGCCACCGUCGAGUUCACGGUCGGAGACAUGCCGAUAGAAAACUUCAGGAUGAUCGAGAGACAUUAUUUCAGAGAGAAGCUGCUGAAGAGUUUUGACUUUGAGUUCGGCUUCUGCAUGCCCAGCAGCAAGAACACGUGUGAACACAUCUACGAAUUCCCGCCCCUGUCUGAGGACAGCAUCAGAGAGAUGAUCCUGCACCCGUAUGAGACGCAGUCCGACAGCUUCUACUUUGUGGACAAUAAGCUGGUGAUGCACAACAAGGCGGACUACUCGUACAACGGCGGGACGUAGAGGGGACACACGAGCACGAGAGGCAGGUGGAUGCACGGACUGACCUGGGGGAUGAUCAGAGCACACUGGAGGGGUUCACAUCCUGUCAAUCCAGCAGUCUCUCCUUCUUUCUCUCCUUCUCUAUCUCUUUCUCCCGUCGAGAGAACGCCACCCAGAAAAAUGCCCGUGCAGAAGCGUUGGUUGCAGUACGUGUGUGUGUCUGUGUGUGUAAGUUUGUCAAAGCCUGAAAAAAAGCCACACACGGUACACACAAACACACACACUGACAGGCAGUUCACCGCCUGGUGUGGCGUCGCUGUAACAAAGUGUGUUUGUAACAUGAUAAACCAGCAAGUAAGCAACUUUUUAGGAAAUAUAAGAUGGUUUUUGCUCUCAAGCCAUGUCAUGAAGUGAAAAAAGACAAAAAAAAAAAAAUCUUCGUAUCUUCAAAUACUGAUAGAAAUAUUUUUUUUCAUUCCGGUACAUGUUAGGUUUUAGCAACAAAUCUUGCAUCUAAAAACGUGUGUUUUUAGGACUUAAACAGCUCUGAGGAAAUAAUUUCUCAGACUCAGUGAGAGUGUGUGUGUGUGUUUCUGUACUUUGUAUGAUUGUCUUUUUGUGUCUGCGUGUCUGUAAGCACGUCAGUUCGAAGCAUGAUUACUGCUCUGGUAAUUUAAAUGUCAGUAGUGUGGUUUUCUGGUUUGCGAAGGUCAAGUAGAUUUCCAAAAACUAUUAGCACAUUUUCAACACAGUAGGCUCGGGCUGGGUAUCAUUCAGAAAUUUAUGAUGCUGGUACAGAGACCCUGACUUCCAUACUGAUUCCUAAAUUACUUGUUUUGAUACAAAUUUUAUAAAAUCCAUAUUAACAAAAAAAAUUACAUUAUGGUACAAUUACUCACUUUGAAGGAGGAAGUGGCUCAAAGACCUGGGAGCAACUGGAGAAAGGUUUUUUCUUUUUUCUCCAUGCACUUUACUCUGGAUAACUGAACUAAUAUGAGAUAUAAGACACUGAUGGUGUAUCUGCACAGUAUUGGGCUAUAAACAAAUAUGAGUAACUGUCAAAAGGAACAUUAAGAAAGGCAGAAAACUGCAACUGUAACGUCCACUCCGCCUAAUCUAAUGUGGCGUUUAUGGUACUGGGAAAUACUGCAGAGACCUGACUCUUUGACGAGCCAAAUGCAGAUUAGCUGCACUGGCUAACAAGCAGCACAAAGUUUACUGUGCAGAUAAACAAUUGGAGAAAGAACAGAGUCCCGUUUUUGGGCCUAACAGUGUUUUUCCUGCAUGCCUCUUCCAUGUGUAACGUUAGGCAGCCAAUCACCAGCAUUCUUAGAUCUUGGUAAAAGCAUGUUGCAUGCUCAUUGCCUCACUGACACUGAUGAGAUUGGCUCCUUAGGUAUUGAAAUUCGGUACAGAAUAAUGUCAUUUUUUGAUACUCGAUAGGAUCAAAGCAAUUCAAUGGGUGUCAUAAAAGUAUAGAAAUUCAAUACCCAGCCCUACAGUAGGCAGCAGUAGUCAUUUUUAAUUUAUGAGACCUUUUUCCUGUUUCCUUAUUCCUUUGUUCUUUAUUUAUUUCUUGAGUACUGUGACCUGUAUUGACCGUAGGAUGUAUGUGUUUAUUGUCUUUGCUCAGAGCACAUCUCUACAGAGCCAACAGUUAGGAAACUCGUAAAGGUGAGCCGAUCUGAUAUGACCAUAAACGUACUUUGUCAUCUGUGCACCGACUGUACUUUUCCAGCCUCACGUUACUUUGUUUAGGUGAUAAAGACGUUGUUAGAAACUCAUUUAAACUGUACCUGCUGUAUGUGUCCAAGUUACGGUUUUGCGGUUUGGAAACUCUUCAUAAGAGAAGAAAGGGAAAACUUGGAUUUGUAAAUGUUGAUGUUUUUCAGUCAGAACUGUGUUGCAAAAAAAGGCAGAUUUGGGAAUGUAGCAGAAGUCGCUUAAAGUACAAAUCACCCUUAAAUCUCGUAUAUUUUCUGUUUGUGUGUGAUCUGAUGUUUCCGUUUCUGUGGCCGUCUGAUUUCUGCCUCAUACAUUUCUGUCUCAUUGUUUUCACUCCGACACAUUCCUGUGAGUUAGGACCUGAGCACGUUGAUCUCUUGUUAUUUCCACAGAUCACACAGAGAAUCUGUAACCGCCUCUAAACUGUAAUAUGCACACGUAGCUCUCUCGGUAUCUGUGCUGAGACACAACCGGACUCAAACAGUAUACAAAUGGCUCUUUUUUCAGCAAAUCUGCACAUACUGUCUGAUAUGAUGCACUUGAAAGUCAGUUUAGUCUCUGCUUUUAAUUACUUUAGUGAUUCUACUUCAAAGGCGGUAAGUUCCACCCAAACACUGCAGUUUAAAUGUGCAAAUACUAGUUGAGCCAGGUCUGUGAAGAACUGCAGGCAGUUGAAAGGAAAUCACUUGAAUGCACAAAAGAGUGGAAAUUGAUUUAGACUAUCAUCGGCUCGAAGCGAUUAAAAUCUGUGUGACUCUGGUUUUUAUGGGCCUGCACAAGUUGCUGAUUGUGAGUUACAUGGAAUUGAAAGUGAUAGUCAAAAGAGCAAAUGGGCUAAAAGCAGGAGGAGACUCAGAUUGGACUCUCUCAAUCAGAGAUAAAACAGAUUGACUUGAAUGUUAUGUCUUAAAGGUAACACAGGUAUGUAGAAAAGAUUUAUUGAUGACCGAUUGUGACUCGUGUAUAAAUUAUUUUGAACUGAUGAAGUUUUUGACAAUUCAAAUGUUGGUGUGACUGAACAAAAGUAAAAUAAAG